GGCGGGGCUUAGCAGUGACUGGCAGGCCCCUGGUCAAAAGUGCGGAAACACAUGCAGCUUGAUGUUAUUGUCAUGUGCGAUAUGUAGCUUGAAAACUGUAACUGACUUGCUGUAUAUAUUUUAGUAAAUACAACAUCUCUGUACAAAUUAAUAAUAAUGGCAGCGACUAUUGCAGCACCUGUUACUCCCACGGAACUCGACCACGACCGGUGUGGGAGCGAGGAGGAGACCCGUGGGGCCGAGGUGGAGGAGGAGAUUCAGCAGCAGCAGCAGCACACAGGCCCCGCGGCCGCCGUCACCCACAACCGCCUGAACAAACUGCCGCUGUCCCGGAUCAAGACGCUGAUGAAGACUGACCCAGACGUGUCCCUUGCCAGCCAAGAGUCUGUAUUCAUCAUCGCUAAAGCUACAGAGUUGUUUGUGGAGAUGAUUGCCAAAGAUGCCCUGGUGUAUGCCCAGCAAGGGAAGAGGAAAACUUUACAGAGAAAAGACUUAGACAAUGCAAUAGAGGCCAUAGAUGAAUUUGCAUUUCUUGAAGGCACUCUUGACUAAAGGCUGCUUCAGGAGAAAAAUCGGAAUAUGGAAUAUCUGCAAACAUUCAAGAAACUCACCAUUACAGGGACAUCUGUUGUGUGGAAACUUCUCUGGUACUUUUCUAAGUCGAGUCCUGCCUCUGCAUCAUAUCUGAUGUUUAUAAAUGAUUUUCUACAGUGUGCCAGUAUUACUUUUCAUACUUUGAAUACAUUAGUGGUGAUGUGUACAUUAUUGUAAAUAUUAAAAAAAAACAAAAAAAAACUGCACAGUGGAAUAAAUGUUAAAAGUUUUUAAAUGUCCAUUUUCUUUGAAAAUUAAAAGGUCAUUUUUCAACA